CCCGGGAAGCUCCAGCGUUACUCUGAAGGAACUGCGAAGAAUAUUUGGAUGGGGGAGGGGACUUUUUUGCAACUGGUUGUCAGCGGUUAAUGGUUCAAGGAAAGGUUUUGUCUGUAAAGGGCAGUUCUAUGUGCCAAACACCAUUAGGCGCUAGGGGGGAACAGAUCAGAUUCACAAAUGAUUUUAACCUCAGCUGAACAUUUUUUUUGCCUUCCAUUUGCUAAUGCAAACAGGACAAAUGCUAAGUCCUCGGGUCGAUCUGCAUUGACCUGAAUCAAGGCACCUGAGGUUUGCUGGGGAUCUCUUCCUGGUGUUUUGCUGCUAACGAUGAGACUUUCAGGAUAUUCCUGCAGGCUACAAUUUUAAAAGAGCCCGCUCAUUGUUUAGGAAAUGGAAAGCAUUGCUUAGAAAAACUUGUCUCGGCAACGGACUACAAAACUUUUAUUUGCAAACCUUCUUCAAAAAAAAGGGGGGGGGGGGGCAUCUUGGCCUUAUGAUGGCCCUAUUAUGAAGUUCUAUACCCGUGCCGUGAGGAGAACUUUCCAAAAUAGGAUGAGUGUGAACCAGACGGUGCUGAGUGAAACAGUUGCGCUGCAGUGAACCCGGGCCGAGCGGAUCGUCCAGCGGACUCAGGCAGGAUGCUGGUUCUGUUACCUUGCCUGGUCCUCGGCCUCUUCGCCUGGAGUGUUGGCAUCUGCGGUGCUCAGGGGGAGUUCUGCCACGGCUGGAUUGACAAUGCGGGCAAAUGGCACGAAGGUUUCCAGUGUCCUGAGGAUUAUGAUACAGUGGAGGCCACGACCUGUUGCGGCUCUUGUUCUCUGCGUUACUGUUGCGCGGCCCCUGAGGCCAGGCUGGACCAGGGGCUUUGUACCAACGACAGGGAGCAGCAGAACCCCGAUUACUCAGCACAGCCUGUCUAUAUGCCGUUUCUUAUUGUCGGCUCCAUAUUCAUUGCUUUUAUCAUCCUGGGUUCGCUGGUUGCUGUGUACUGUUGUACUUGCCUUAGACCUAAGCAACCAAAUCCGCAGCCAAUACGUUUCUCAAUGAGGAGCCACCAAACAGAGACCAUUCCCAUGAUCCCAACGUUUACACAUUUGAGGACCCCAUCCAGGCAGUCGAGCACUGCCACUAGCUCCAGCUCAACCGGGGGCUCCAUUCACAGAUUCUCUAUCAGCAGAGCCGAGUCAGGGCACCCACCGCCGCCGCCCGGUUACAGCUCCCCCGGGUGCCUGCAGAAUGCACAGCCCUUACACCUCAGCCAGGCCCAGGGCUUUCUGAUGCCCCAGCAGUAUUUCACCUACACCCUACAGCCAGAGCCGUUCGCAGCAGGCAAAAGCUUCACCGACUUCACUCAGAACCGGCUGAAGACUCAAAGCAUUUCCGCGCAGCCCGCCGAGCAAGUUCUAUACAGCAACGCCGGUUUCUAGGGAGGGAGAGCUUUCCGGAAAUCCAUCACGCUGUGAGACACCAAGAAUGAAUCUCGCCGCCCUUUUGGGAGCACUUGUUUCCUCCUUUGCAGAUGGAAGAUCGCACUUCCCAGUUAGUCACCUGGGAACAGGACUGGGUGGUAAAAGUGCCUCCGCGCUAAACAGCGGGGUGGAUUUUAAUUCACCAUUCCCAGUCUAACAGUAGACCUCCGGAUUAACGGGAUAAAUGGUAAAUACGGAUGGAACUCCUCAUCUGAACCCCGAGCUAAUGGCUAUUCCCAGCUGGACCUUGAGGAGGAUCAUUUGGCCCAACUUCUCACAUUUUACUUUUCCAUAUUUUUGACAUGCAUUCCGGGGUAACGAACUGACUUAUUUACGGUGCACACAGAAAAGAAAACUUUCUUGAAGCGAACGGAUGUCUCGAUUCCCAUCUGCUACCGCCGAAGUCACCUGGAAUAUUCCUCCGUGGAAACUGUUAUGUUCCCCCAUUCUGGCAUCUAGCAGGUGGAAUGUACCGUCCUCAGGCAAGCGGAAACCAACAGUCCCCACCACUAGUUUGGCAAUGUGAUUUAUCAGUCUAAUCCCAGUCCCGAAAAUCAAACAUUUUAAAUGCACAAAUAUAGUUUAUAUAAGAUGAAGAAAACAGUCUUUAACUUCCGUAUAACUGAAGUACCAGAGCUAUCUGAGAAUAUUUGACUAGGAACAAAGAAUAGAAUUUCAAACAUACUGAGCACUGGCAAUUUAAGAGAAAACAGAUCUUUUAUUUGCUUCCAUACUGACAUCUUGCCCCUAUUGAAUGCCUUCUCUAAAUAUUCAAUUUUAAAAAUAAUAAUUUAUAGACAAAGCCUGUGCUGUUAAUUAUUCUUAAUUCUGACUCAUCCCUUCAUAUUUACAGUACACCCAAAUUACUAAUUGUUUUAGUCAUUAUUUUUGCUAUUUU